CUGCGCUGCCGUGAGGGUUGUCUUCACGAGCGAUAGUUUAUAGUCUUUUUCUUUACGUGCUUAUGCAGUGGUAGCCCAUCCCCAGCACGUACCAUUCCUCUACACGUAGACAGUUUGCUCAGUUCUAGCCCAUUCUUACCCCCACUCGCUGCGAAGCAUCCUGCCACCAUUCGCGAACAAGCCGCUGCGCAUCGGUCAGGUGUGAUCGUCGAAGGGUGCGCGCGCGUGUGUGGUUAUUGUGGUGCAACGCGCCAGGGCGCGCCUAUCAAAGAGGUGUGGCCUCCUAGUGAUCUCCGAAAGACCUCGGCUUGUGAAUAAUUCGUGAGUCGGUUUUAAUACAGAGUCGAGUCAGUCAUGGAGUCGUCUCAAGAGGUGAGCAGCGCCGAGCCGUUGCUUCCGGGCCAGGAAUCUCGGCAGCGUCCUCCGACGCCUCCUCCUUCGGCGGUGCCUCACGAAGAAGAGAGACCCUCUUCGAAGCCCCCGGCGCCGGUGAAACAGGCUCGCGAGAUAUUGCGCACCACGUUGGGCUCGCUGGUCUACAAAUUCGCCAAGGGAAUCCUGAUCGCGGGGAGCCUAUACCUUAUGGGUUGGUUGAACCUCAGCCCCGCGUGGCUGCUCAUAGGGGUCGGCUCUUACGUCGCGCAAAAGAACUACAUCGAGCAGAAGCGCAUUCGAAGCGGCAUUACUAGUGCCGACCACGAGAAGACCAGCGUGCUGGCCACGAUCGAAGACCUGCCCGCAUGGGUGUUCUUCCCUGAUACAGAAAGAGCCGAGUGGGUCAACAAGAUACUGUGCCAAUUCUGGCCCUUUGUAGGCGACUACGUCAAGGACCUUAUUCUCGAGACAAUCGAGCCGAGCGUGCGUUCUUCCCUGCCUGCAUACCUGAGCAGCUUCAAGUUUGAGAGAAUCGAUCUGGGCGACGUGCCUCCCCGGAUUGGAGGAGUGAAAGUGUACAAGGAGAAUGUGUCCAGAAGUGAGGUCAUCAUGGACAUGGAGUUGUUCUACUGCGGUGACUGCAAGUUUAGCAUCAAAGUUAAAGGUUUCAAGGCUGGAAUUCGAGACCUCCAGAUACAUGGGCACGUACGGGUGGUGAUGCGGCCCCUUACUAAGCAGAUGCCCCUGGUCGGUGGUGUGACCGUCUUUUUCCUCAGACCUCCCGCUAUUGAUUUCACCCUGACAAAUUUGGGACAAGUCUUGGAAGUUCCGGGACUCAAUGACCUCUUGAAGAAGGCAGUCUCGGAUCAAGUGGCGGCCAUGAUGGUACUACCGAAUAAAUAUUCUGUCAAGCUUCAAGAGCACGUCUCCACCCAGACACUGCGGUACUCUCUGCCCUGUGGUGUCCUUCGGGUCGAAGUGGUGGCAGCAAAGGACUUAGUCAAGGCAGAUAUUGGUAUGCUGGGCCUGGGAAAAUCUGACCCCUAUGCCAUCAUCACUGUUGGUGCCCAGGAAUUCCGCACACAGGUGAUCCCCAACACUGUGAACCCCAAGUGGAACUACUACUGCGAGGUUGUUGUCUACCAGAUUCCUGGAACCACCUUGGACAUUGAAGUGAUGGACGAAGACCAGAGCAGCAAGGACGACUUCCUGGGCAGGGUGUCUGUUGCUGUUAGCGAUAUCGAGAGCCAGGGCCAAGGAGACAUGUGGCUGACCCUGGACGACACCAAGUCGGGCAAGAUCCGCCUACGAACUUUCUGGCUCACUCUGUCCCGAAACACGGACGACCUGGCUCUGCAACUGGAAGAAGUCAGAGCCAUCUCAACCAAGACACCGUUGUCGUCAGCUGUGCUCAUUGUAUUCCUCGACUCCGCAAAGCACCUUCCGAAUGCGAGCAAAGCGGCCGGCGAGCCCAGUCCCCAGGUGAACCUGAUGGUGGGCCAGCAGGAGCGCUGGAGCUCCAUCAAGCACAGCACCAAUGACCCUGUCUGGGAGGAGAUCUUCUACCUGCUCCUCAGUAACCCAGAAGUCCAGGAGAUGGAGAUAAAGGUGAUGGACAACAAGAGUGGGCAGGUGUUGGGCCACUUGAGUUUCCGGCUGUCGCGCCUUCUGAAGGAAGAAGGACUGAAGGUGGACGAACCGCUCAUCUUACUGGGCACUGGUCACCAGGCAAAGCUGCAGAUCACGUUGCAGCUGCGUAUUCUGAAGAGCAACAAGCGCAGAACAUCCAGCUCGGAGCCCCUGCCCAGAGUAAGCCGAGGAAGCAUACGAGCCUCGGAGCACGAAGAAGUCACCCCUUCGCAUAGGCCGUCCGUCGACCAACGGAGCAGCCCACCAUCCCCACGCAAGCCAAUGCCGCCUCAGGUGCCAUCAUUGGACGAAGUCGUGCACUCUACGGUGUCUCCCAUCCUAGACAGCAUGGCCAUGGGAGAAGGACCACUCGAAACAAGCCAGAGAGACCCACAGAGGGAGGUUCUGGGAGACCCAGGGGCGGGCAAGCUCCAGCUGACCCUUCGCUACAGCGCACAGAGGAGCCGCAUGGUGGUGGUCGUCCACCGAGCCGUAAAUUUGGUCCACAAGGACGGUGAGGAUCUUCCGGACCCUUAUGUCAAGCUUCAGCUGCUGCCUGACCGAUCCAAGGAAAGCAAGCGCAAGACACAGAUUUGCCGCAACACUUGCAACCCUGUCUUUGAUGAGACGAUGGAGUUUGAGGCAGCGCUGUCGGACCUGGAAGGCAGCACCCUCCAGGUGCUGGUCAACUCAAAGAGUGGGUCGUCCAUGUUCUCCCGUGGCAAGACGUUGGGACGCACACAGGUCAGCCUGGCCAACCUGGAUCUCACCAAGGCACUCACCGACUGGUACGAGCUGGAGCCGGAUACCUAGGCUGUUGUCGUCACACCAGUUGUGGCACCAUUUGUUUUUGUUUCUUGGUCUUUUCAGUGUUGUGCAGGAAUAUUUGACUGACUGAAAGUCCAUCACACAAGAAAACUGUCCGUCACACAAGAAAAUUGUGUCGUUGUUGUUAUUUCUGUUUUUUUUUUCCAGUGUCUUUCUUGCACUUAGCAAUGGUAUCUGUGAGCAGGAAAAGAACUUAUGCCGAUGCUGCAGCGAUAGAUUAUAUUUACAAUUGCAUGUCACCUAAGCCUACUACGUAGAGUCGUGCGCUUUCAGAGCUUGCAGCGUGGCUUUCAGGAUAGUAAUAGGUUUUUGUGAGCACUGAAUCAAUUAUCACUUAAGAAUGCAGAAGUAAUUACUAUGUAGAAAUUUCAUAAUGACGCUUGUAAAUAACACCUGGCUUCUAAUGCUCACUUUUCCUGGCUGAUGGAUUUUUGAAUGUCUUUCAUUGAGGUACAAGACUGAGCCUUUUUGAAAAUUUUACAUCUUACGGAUAUACUGAUAUAUUAAUCGCAUGAAGGAAAACUUAAGGGGCACAUAUAUGCUUCUUUCUUUUUUAUGAGAUCUUCUGGAAAGCGCACAUAGUGCAUUAUGAACUUUACUAAUUGUGUGCAGUGAAAAAGUGACGUCCAGCGAUUGUGCCAUUACUGUGAAUUUAUGUUGAUUGUAAUGCUCUAUCCAGCAUGUUCUCAAUAUUUUGUGUAGUUGCACGGCUACUUAGUGCCGGAAAAUAUAUCUGAAAGAAAGCCCUUUUAAGUGUUUUGAUAGUUUUUGUUAAGGUCGGGCUUACGUUUAGGCAACCGCAGUGUUUUCGAUUCUCUGUUGUACUUAUUGUCACAAUUGUUUAUCACACUGUUGAUUAUGUUUAUGUUGUUCCUUUAUAGUAAGACUCAAUACAACUUGUUCUUUGCAGCUUUCAUAGAAAACUCUGUGUCGAUGUCUGCAUUGAAAUGCAGCGGUUCGUUGUGACGCUGUCUUACCUUUUGCUGCUGUGGUUUGAUUACAGAGUGUCGAGAGCCGUUUGCCGGAAUAACUUUGAGUCAACUUAAACUGUACGAUUUCCCUGUGUGCGAUUUCUGUGAGUUACUUCAUAGGGAGUGUACCAUUUUAACUUUCUAAGAUGCUCAAUGAUUUAAUCACAAGGCUGUGAAUAUUGCAGCGUGAUGGGCAUUGUCUUGACAAAGCCCUGGUGUCAUUGAGUGGAUUUCUCUAAUGAUAAUUUUCCUCCCAAGGGCGAGCGAAUCGAAUUGGAAUGAAAAGGAUGCAGUAAAAGGUGUUGAGAUUAGGAAGAAUGUCGAACUUCCUGCAUACAGCCCUUGUUCACAAAAGCAAACAAACUGGUAGUUUCGACCUUUUUGGUUUUAGCUGCCAUGCCCUUGCUUUAUAGCCAAGUUAUAGUGCACUAAGUGCAGUAUGCAAAUUGCUUUGUUUACUAAUAUCUAAGCACACAUGCUGCAGCUCGGUCUCUUUUUUUUUUUGUAUCCACUAUUAUGUAGUAAACUUUUACUACAAUUCUAUGUUUCAAAAACUUGUUCUGAAACCAAGAACCAUUUUAUUUUGUAGCAGUAUGCUAUAAUUUUUAAUGAAUGCAUUGUUUUUCCUAAUAAUUACUCCAGUCCAAAAAAUUUAGGGAUGCUAUGUAGGUUCAGUAGGUGUGCUUACUUCUGAGAAAAUAUUCUGUAAUGUGCGCACAUUAUAUUGUAAUCAAUAUUACUUUAUGUGGCUACAUUUCUUGAAAGCUUUUUGGUUUUUACGUUGAUUAUUUGUAAUGUUCCUGUUUUUUCUCUCCCCUGAACCCUCGCAUGAACUGAAUGUGGUGAGCCUCCAUGUUAGUAUCCACACAAUUGAAAAAAAAAAAAAAUGUGUUUUUUUAUGUAUAAGCAUAAGCAAAUGUUUGGCGACCAUUCAGUGCCACAAAGAAUUUUUUCACUCGAAAGACUGCAUUGGUUGAAAACUAAGUGGCCUAGCCAAAGUAUGUUUGACCAGUGUAAUGUAUUGAAAUGAUCUUAUGCUGUGAAUCUGUGCUAAACGAUGUUUUUAUUUUUCACCGGUGCCAUGGUCCCAGAACUAUUGCUUAUGACAGAACUGUUCUUUUAUCUUGAUUUUAAAUUGAGGAGCACUUUUUCUCUUCUGUUGGUACUAUGUGCUUGCAUUUUUUUCUAGUCAUUUGUUAACUUUCGUUGUUCAACAACUGCUGCUUGUGCUACGCUUUUUAUCCUUUCUUUAAUAACCCAGUGAUCCGAAGCGAGAUCGGAAUAAGCACAAGAAUGCGGAGAAUGAGCACUUUUUAAUUGUUGAAGCGACCUGUGUGUGUUUCUUGUGUUGUGUGUGUAUGCGAGAAAAAAAAAACACUGCCUUUUUUUAUUUCGUCUACAUUUUUCUUUUUUUAAUGGGCAGUACUGAGUUGACACCCCGCCCUCCUGAUCCACUUUGUAGAUGGUUGAGUGAUUUGAAAAGGUUGUGCAGUGUUUAAAUUAUCUCUUCUUUUUUGUUUGUUUGUCAUUUAGUUGAGGAUUUAGCAAACCUUGUGUGUUAGCUAUUCGGCUUUUUGAAUUUCACCGAACUGUUCAAUGCUGUUCAAAAUGGCCCAUUUUCGACGGCAGUCUGUGCAUUCUACAGAAUACACAGAACCCCAAGGUAUCCAAUCGGUGCCCCCACUCGGCCCCAUUGAAGGGUCAUUGACCCUUCCUCGUUUCUCUGUGUGCUCAUUUACCAUUCGUAAUGUGUGAAUGCACUCGGGUUAUAUCACGGGUCUCUAGUGCAAGGAAUUAGAUGAAUUUACGGUAUCGUUUAGGGGAAACCGACUUUUAUGUCCUUAUCCCUGACCAAUGAAACCCAGUGUCUCCAAAGUAGUGUUGAUGCUACUGUACCUUGCAUGGCAUUGCUAUUGCAGUGAAAGCUGUCACCUGUUGCUGGUGUUAUGUUUGCUCCUUCGUGCAUGUCUUAUGGGUGACCGCACCUGAGAGAGGUGGACGUGGAUAGGAAGUUGUGGAGGAGUUGGCUAGUUGUAUGCAGAAAAUACAGCUACAUGAUAGUGCAUGGCGGCCUCAACAGAUGGCAUGUUUGCUCUGCCCAUUUUGUGUAAGACAAAGCAGGAACAAAUGAAGCAGUUUAGCCACGUUUCGUACGUGCCGAAAUAAGUGCCGGCAGCACCAGAUGAUUUGAAGAAGAGGAAUAAGCCAUGCAUGCUCUAUGCCCUUUUCUUGUUCACUGCAGUGUUGGAGCUUAUUUCGGUGCAGCAGAAAAAUUUCAGAGCAAAUACGGCUGCUAAGACCCAUCUAGGGUGGCUAUGCAGGAUACUGGUUUUCGUAUACACUCUUCCCAGUGUCCCUGCAUUUUUUCGUGCAUGACGCCUAAAAGAGACAUCUGUCAUCUCUGCGGAUGACGCAUGUAAGCACUUCUUAUAGCUACGAUAUGAUCGUACUGCUUAUAAGACCUGGUUUGCUCUAAGGGUGUUACAGCGUGAAAAGCAGACAAAGGUGAACUAGUAUGAAAGAGUGAAUUUGCUGGCUAGAGUUGCAUAGGCCGUCAAGGCAACAUUGGCAUCAUUAAAAUGUGCUGGAGUACCACAAGCCUUCAGUAUGUUCACAAGAGGGUAAUGAGCAGCAGCGAGAAAAUUGCGGUGCGGUAAUGCGAACACAUUCUGCCAAGGCAAGAGUAGGACUGCAAAAUGGUUUGUCUAAGUACCACACAUACAUUAAUAAUUUCUCUCGCUGUGUUUGCUCUUGGUACUUCAAGCUUAAGUGAAAAACAUGAACUGCCUUGGUCUCGCAGAGGCAGCAUAAUAUAGUGUGACAUUCUGAAUGCGCAUUACGUGGCGUCUCUUGCAGUGUAGGAGUAGAAUGUUUAAGAUAUUCAAUAGAAGACCUCGAAACCAUACUUGCCUAAUACCUCCUGCCUGCUGACUGUGGCUGUGCUCUUUCUUGUCCCUACACUGUUCUUUGCAGUGUUGUAGUCGCUGCCUUUCUAUACGAUGUUGUGCCUGCCAUACUGCCUCUCCCUGCAUUGCUGUUGCAAUUGUUUCACUGGGAAGGCCACUUCUAUUCUGGAUACAAAAGUACAGAGCUCUAUGUAAAGGGAGAAACGAUUUACUGUGCAGAAGUUUAGAGUAAAUAAAACUGCAAUACCCAAUUGUAAAUUCUAUGCUAUCAUAAGGAUUGGUCACUGCUUUGCCAAAAGCAACAAGGAUUAUAUGUACUCGGCGGUUCAGCUUUAAUCAGCGCAUUUGGUCAGUUUAUCGAAACCUGAAAACUUAGUGUGCCUAAAUUGCAUCGCUAAUAGAAGAAUUGAAGCUUCACAAGCACGUGUGUAUGCCUCAAUUGUGGAAAAGAACGAUCGUAAACAAGAACAGUUGCCUAGUAUGCGUCACUGUACUCCCUGGAGCAGUUAUCAUUGCAACCUCUUAACCUCUGCUUACUUGGAGUCUAGUGUUGUACAGAGAGUUGUUGAUGCACAAGAGCUUAAACUGGUUUGACUUGUUCUUAGCUCUGAAGAUUCUAGCGAAUUGUUUGAAAGCUUGCGCAUUUUAGGAAAUUAGUUCGUUAUGACAACAAGCAUGUUGCCCCAUUUGAACUACAAGAGCCUACUUUCCCCGAAGCAUUUGUAGCAAGCUAGUGGUAAACGUUUUUCUGCCUGUCGUAUAUAUAAGUGACUGCAUGUUUCUGCUGCGAGACCAUGGUUUAUAUCGCUAGUCUUUACAGGCCUAUUCUAAUGGGGGUGUAAUGCAAAAAUGACCCCAGUCAUGCUUUAGGAGCAAGCUAAGAAAAUCAGUGCUAAUGAGGUAUAAUCACGAGCAAGGGCUGUCAUGACCAUCAUGGGUCAUAACAUACGUUUCGCUGAGAUGUUUUUCAUCAACCGUUCAAGUGGAAAUAAUGGGAGUGCAAGAAGUGUUUCAAGAUGUGAAAUCUAGUUCAUGUUGGGGACAUUUUCGAUGUUCCAGAAGUAUAAUCAAUUGUUUGACUAAUUCCGAGCUUGAAAUGUUGCAAAUGUUGUCGUUUGCUUCUCCUCCUAUGGGCCGGGGAAGUGUCGGCCUUCGAUAUUCGUGCCAUAUUAGGAGCUUCAACAAAAACUGCGCAUUGAAGCUCCCAUCUCAAAGCUUUCCUAGUUUUUGUGCGUGUCAUUGCACAAGUAGCAUGUUCUUGUGCUGUUUGAUAGAAAUAUAGCGCACAUUUUUUAAAAAUGCUAUUGCACAAUCAAAAGACUGAGGUUCGUUGUAACCCAAGUGGAUUGUAAACCGGUUGACUUGCUGUUGUUUGCCAGCGUUUUGCAUGGCGAGCUUGUGCGAUUGGUUUCGAGCGCGAAUCGGGUCUCUAAGUCUUUUCAAAUAAAGGCAAUUUCGAAAGCGCCAUUCUUCUUUUCUGCUCUGAAGAAUACGCAUACCACCACAUACCGCAGUAUUUAAACGAGUCGCAAGUACCAGGUGUACGUUGUAUUUGAGGAUCUAUGACGAUCUCAAAAUAGCUUUAUUGUUUCCCACAUGAUUUUAGUCAUUUGUUUUAGACUCCAAGCUAUUCAUAUUGCUACUUUUUAAGCCUGGGUAAUAAAAUCGUACAUUCAGCUUUA